UGCGUGUGUGGAAGACAACUCUUGUCUUUACUUUCGGUGGAUUUUGAUUGUACGCUGCUCACCCUUUCAGUUUCAUCCCAAAAUUUUCUUCUUCUUCUUCUUCUUCUUCUUCUUCAUUCCUAGCAAAUUCCCAAACUACUAACUAUAAUAUCCUAGCAAAGACAAGUGCAGAUUUCCAACAAAUUUUCAAUUUUAAUUACAAAAGAAAGGAAGCUAUGGAUGCUGAUUCAUGGGCUGCUCGUCUUUCUUCAUCCUCCAAGCGCAACUUGUUCAAUUCACAAUCUAGAUCUGUGGGAAUGAAAUGGGAUGGUUUUGAUGCUGAAAUGUUGAUGGGAUUUGAGGAAAUUGACAUGGAUGAUGAUAUAAGAGAGGAGUAUGCAUGCCCAUUCUGCUCGGAAUAUUUUGAUAUCUUGGGACUCUGUUGCCACAUCGACGAUGAGCAUCCUGUUGAGGCUAAAAAUGCGAUUUGUCCAGUUUGUGCUAUGAGGGUGGAUGUCGACUUGGUUGGUCAUAUAACCUUGCGUCAUGCCAAUAUCUUUAAGGUGCAGCGCAAGAGGAAAUCACUUAAAGUUGGUUUGCAUUCAAAACUUUCUUUGCUGAGGAGGGAACUGGGAGAAGGAAAACUGCAGUCUCUUUACGGAGGGUCUUCCCAUGCAGUUUCUUCAUGCAAUACAGCUCCAGAUCCAUUGUUAUCUUCAUUUAUUUCUCCAAUCUUUGAUGAUUUUGGGAGUGCCCCAUCGCACUCUUCUGAGUUAGGAUCGGUCAACAGAAGUGCAGCCACAAACAUUCCAGAAAGAAACACGCAACCACCACCUUUGUCGAUUGAAGACCGGGAGGAGAAGGUCAAGAGAUGUGAGUUUGCUCAAGGAUUGCUGUUAUCCACAAUUCUUGUCGAUAACUUAUAAGGUCCAACUCAGGUGGCGGGGUUAUGACUUAUGAACUCAUAUGUUAAGAUGUAUGUGCCUGUUUUAAUAGACAGUGUAAAACAAGUUGUAGGGACAGUGCGGGUGAUUUUGUCACAGUGAAGGUAAAGCGCGGAUUUGCAUUGUUGCCUAGCAAAUUCACGUCAAAUGAAGUCCGUGUAAGCAAGAUAUGUAUAUCAUCUACGAAAUAGUGUCGAUUUUGUCAAAUCAUUAUUGGUGAUAUUUCACAAGUGAGAAGGGAUGGCAACGGGGUUGUGGAUUC